AACAAUCCAGCCACUGCCAACGACGACGACACUCACACACUCUCUCUCUCUCCGACACAAUCCCGUCGCCGUCACCGGAGGGAACGAGUUUGUCGACUACUACGAUGAUCCCUUACGCCACAGUCGAAGAAGCGUCCAUAGCGUUAGGACGAGACCUCACGUGGCUGGAGACUCUCUGGUUCGAUUACUCCGCCACCAAAUCAGAUUACUACCUUUACUGCCACAACAUCCUCUUCCUCUUCCUCAUCUUCUCCCUCGUUCCUCUCCCUCUCGUCUUCAUCGAACUCUCUCGAUCUACCUCUCAUUGGUUCGAUCGGUACAAGAUUCAGCCCAAGGUGAAGAACUCCUCCUCCGAUAUGUUCUGCUGUUACAAAGACGUCAUGAAGAUGUUCCUUCUCGUCGUUGGUCCUUUACAACUCGUUUCUUACCCUUCGAUUCAGAUGAUUGAGAUUCGAAGUGGGUUGCCUUUACCAUCGUUGAUGGAGAUUGUGGCACAGUUGGUGGUUUACUUCUUGGUAGAGGAUUACACUAACUAUUGGGUUCAUAGGUUCUUUCAUUGCAAAUGGGGUUAUGAGAAGAUUCACCAUAUUCAUCACGAGUAUACAGCUCCUAUUGGAUAUGCUGCUCCUUAUGCACAUUGGGCUGAGGUUUUGCUUCUUGGCAUUCCCACCUUUCUUGGACCGGCGAUUGCUCCUGGUCAUAUGAUUACCUUUUGGUUGUGGAUUGCUUUACGGCAAAUCGAGGCUAUCGAAACUCAUAGCGGGUAUGAUUUCCCAUGGACUCUGACAAAGUACAUUCCGUUCUAUGGUGGAGCUGAGUAUCAUGAUUAUCAUCACUAUGUUGGAGGACAAAGCCAAAGCAACUUUGCUUCAGUUUUCACUUACUGCGAUUACAUCUACGGUACUGACAAAGGAUACCGGUUCCAAAAGAAGCUUCUUCAACAGAUCAAGGAGUCGUCCAAGAAGAGCAACAAGCAGAUCAUCCGGGGAGAGAAAUUCGAUUAGUAAACCUGAAACUCCUCACAAGGGUUGAAAGUUUCUAGAAGAUGACUGUUGAAGCAGCCACAGAGCUUUAAAAUGCUCCAUCCUUAUGACAUUUUCGAUCUGAAGGUUUUCUUUAAAAUAUGCAAACUCUUUUGAGAUACUAGAAUAUUGUUUGGUAGAGGGAGAAGAUGAAAAGGAAUGAUCAAAAUCCGAAACUGUGUUGGUGAGUUUUUUUACCUGUCUUUGUUUCUUUAUCCAUAUCCAGAAUUUGGAAUAGGUAUGAAUUGUUAGUUAUAUAUAGAGGAAUGGUCUUGAAAUGUAUAAAUUUCUUUGCCCUUUUAACAAGUCCAGUUUCCUGAAA